AUGGAGUUCAGACGAUCUGAACUGAAGUCAUACUUCGACAAUCAGCUCCUCAAACUGUACGAGACGAUCCAUAAACAGCUGGUUCGCGUGCAAGAAAAGAUCCCUUACGAGCUAGUGGCGCACAUGGUUCUUUCGGGGGGUUUUGGGAACGCCGCCUAUAACCUCCAGAUACGCGUCGUUCCAGAGCCUCAGCUAGUUGUCUGUAACGGCAACGUCGCCGACCGCAUGCAAAAGCUGAAAAGCGGUCGCAACGUCCUCGGCUGGCGCUGCUGCCGCACGUCCUACGGCACGCUCUGCAAAGUCCUCUACGAUCCUAACGACCAACUUUGUUACGGAGUCACGACCCAGAUAGAUCCGCUUUACAAGAAACCUUACGUCAUGCAGUACAUCGACUGCUUCGGCCAACCCGUCUCCAGCGACGAGCCCAUUGUGCAAACCUUCAAGCGCAAAGGCCCCCCCGCAACAGCUGCGCAGCCGAGCCCCACGCGAAUGUUUCCCACCGAGAUCAUCUGCUCCGAGUUGGACGCCAGCACGCUUCCAAACGUCAUGAACGCAUAUAAGUCCCAAAAUCCGCAUAAUCGAAGCAACAUUUGCCAACUGACCCACCAGCCUGCCGUUCUGUGUGCCGCGUAG